AUGGGACACUGGGCACCAGAGCACGUCGAGGACCGGCUCUUCGCGCUUCGGGCAGCUCGGCUCGCUUCUGUCGCGCGCACCCGGCUGGGGUGCGCGUCCUACGUGGCCUUGUGCCGGGCCGCGAGCAGCCCUGAGCGGCCCGCGGCUGCUGCGGAACGGGACCCUGGGCUGAAGGGGGAGCCCGAGGGCCUGCGAGGCGGAAGCGGCGGGAACGGCGGGAGCAGCAGCAGCAACGACAGCCCCAGCAGCCCCAGCAGCCCGCAGCAGCAGCGCCCUCUCCGCGCCGCCCGGGCCGCCCGCCCCCGCCGGCCCGCUGGACUCCCCGCCCCUGCCCGGGCGUCCCCGGCCUCCGCCUCGGCCCAGCAGGAGCCUGGUGCCCGCUUUGCCGCAGCCUUCGUCUCCGCCGCCGCCCCGGAUCACGACCGCGGGCGCCCCUACGACCUCGCGGCGGGAUGCGAGGGCGACCCGCGGGCCACCCGAAACCUGCACAUCGGAAACCUGGACCACGUCGUGUCGCAGGGGGCGCUGCGCGGGGCCUCCGGGAAGCGCGGCAUCAGCGAGGAAGUGGCCGGCAAGAGGCCAGCCCGGGGGCAGGGCGCGGCCCGUGCCUUCCUGCGGUUCCGGAACCUGGACAUGGCCCGCAGAGCUAAGGGGGCCAUGUCAUGCCGGGCGAUCGGCAGAAGCCCCAUCAAGCUAGGUCCUGGCAAGGCCAGCCCCACUACUCGCCUCUGGGUGGGUGGCCUGGGACCCAACACCUCGCUGGCAACCCUGGCCCGGGAGUUUGACCGCUUUGGAAUCAUUCGGACCAUUGACCACGUGAAAGGAGAUACCUUCGCCUACAUCCAGUACGAGAGCCUGGACGCUGCUCAGGUGGCCUGUGCCCAAAUGAGGGGCUUUCCUUUGGGUGGUCCACACCGCAGGCUCCGAGUGGAUUUCGCCAAAACGGAGGAGACGCGGUAUCCCCAGCAGUAUCGACCCUCACUCCUCCCUGUGGAUUAUGAGCUUCUCACCGAUGGGUAUCACCGGCACCCAACCGUCGACGCACACCUGCGGGUGCGAGACAAGAGCCACCCGUACCUGUACUUAGACAGACACCGCACCUUUUUGGAAAGAGACUGGAUCGGUCCCAGGAAGAGUGCUGAUCACAGAAACAGCCUGGAGGGGUAUAGCCGGUCAGUGCAUAGCCACAGUGGUGAGCACUGGCGUGGGGAAGGGGACCGAGGCCUGUCCAGGAUCUGGGAAGAUAGGUGGGAGGACAACCGCGGGAGGACUCCCCACUGUGCUUACAAGGAGCGGAGCUGGACCAAUGGUGUUGGGCAGCAGUAUGGCUAUGAGGGGAACCAUGCUGGUGCAGGGACCAAGGAGUCAGUCAGCAACGCCCUCAGCAGCAGCACACCCAGGGCCCAGGAGUGGGGCCACCACCUCCACCUCGAAGCUCCAGAUUCUUUCCAUGGCGAGAAGACAAGAGAGAGAGAAUGCAAUUAUUGGACCAGUAUGGCCGAGCCCAAGUCCCUGGAAGAAUCAAAACCCGAGACCAAAAAGCUUACGACCCUUUCAGAGCAUGUGCAGACGUUGCAGCUGGGUUGGAAUGGGUUUCUUGUGUUGAAAAACAGUUGCUUCCCAACGUCUAUGCAUAUCCUAGAGGGGGACCAGGGAGUUAUCAGUGGUCUCCUCAGAGACCAGACUUCUGAGAGCAGGCUGGCCCAGCUGAAGAUCGCCCAGCGCCUUCCACUGGACCACCCCAAGUUCAAGGACGUCACACAACGCAUCAAACAGGGGAGCGCCCGUGGCUUUGCUGUGCUCCUGGCCACCCAGUCAGUCCCCAGUGGGCCUGGCACCGAGGGAAUGCCCACCGUGGAGCCAGACCUAAAGAAGCGGCUUCUCAGGAACCUGAUCUCUUACUUGAAAGGAAAGCAGGCUGCAGGGGUGAUCCGCCUGCCUGUGGGUGGGUCCAAGGGCAGAGGCCUCAAGGGCAUGCUCUAUGCCUUCCCUCCCUGCCCCUUCUCGCAGCAGUACCUGCAGUCGGCCCUGAGGACACAGGACCAGCUGGAAGAGGAACACAUGCUGAUAGUGAUGAUAGUGGCAGGCUCGGCCUAGCCCAAAGCUGCUUUUUCCAGUACCUUGUCUGUGUCACAAAAGCAGUUACUUUAAAAUCCAAUUCCUUUUAGUCUGUUAGUCUGGCUGUUAAUCUGUAUGUAUGAUAACUAAUUUUAUAAGGAAUUAUUAUUAUUAUUUUAAGAGCAGAAUAUAUUUAUUGAGAGAAAGCAAGCUUCUGGCUGGGGGAGAAACAGAAGGGUCUUGAGUGGAUUACCAAAGGUUUUGUCUUUUCUAGGGGAUCUUCUAGAGUAAAACCACAAAGUGCAAUAGGUCUAAGCAGGGGGAAAACCUGGGAACUCACAAGGCAGGUGGGUAUGAGGGGAGACUGAACUAUAGCCAACCAAUAAGAUUGGUUGUUCAGAUCUAAUUGAUUGAGUCAGGGACAUAUAGGGAAGCGAGUCAUAUCACAAGUGGGCAUGCUUAAAAAAGCAGUGACUCCUGGCUUCCUCAAGGUGAUCCAUACCUAUUUAGAGUAUCAAUUCUUGAUGUUUAUAUGUAAGAGUGUGCUUGCAUUUGUUUUGUCUUUUGUCUUGAUGUCUGGCCUCCUGCAGGAGGUGUCUGUCUUCUCUAAUUUUACCAGGUGUCUGGUCUUCUGCACUGGCCUCUUCAGGGACCUAGACCUGUCUUGACUGCUUGUAACAUUUCUGUCUAACUCAGCUGCCUAUAACAAACCCUCCCUCCCCAAGAAGUAACCCAAACUGCCAUGAUGGAGUAAUGGCCUAUGACUGAUCUGGCUUCUUUAGGCUGAAGGGGGUACUAGUUAUUGAUCGGCAGUCAGGGAUAUCUGCAGAGGUUCCAUCUAAAGGCCCUUGAUAAACGCGAGGCAUUUUUAUCUUGGAACACAUACGGCUUUAACUCUGGAGCAUAAAUAAGAAUUAUUUCUUAAGGUAAAAAAAGCUUAAAGAUAAUGCAAUUCUGACCAUUUUUCUCUUCCUUUUUUCCAUUUUCCUCUUUCUUACAGUAUGAUUUUAGUUGCAAAAGAACAUUGUAAUUAAUAUUUCACUCUAUUCCAUUUUUGCUCUUGGAAGUAGAUGGGUCAAGCGCAUAUGCAGAGAAAUAUCAAAUGUCUUUUUUCAACAUGGAAGGGUCAAACAUCUUCCAGUGAUUAAGAAUGCAUUCUACAGGAGUCAGAGAUUUUAGCAUUGAGUGAUGGAUUUAGCAUUGGUGGAUGACCUCCAAAUGACGUAGGGGAAUGAAACUCCCAACCUGCUAGUUGUUCAGUACAAGUUCAAGUUCUCUAAAAUCGAAGAAUGAAUUUUAGGAAUUUUAGAUUAGGACCAGAAUAUAUUUAUUGAGAGAAAGAAACCUUCUGUCUCAGAGAGACACAGAGGGGGGUCCCGAGUACCUUUUACAAAGAAUAAUAAAUAAAUGAAUAUGAUGUUAGCAAAAAAAGAGUGUGUUCUGCACAGCAGCAAGGAACAAUGUGAUGUGUAUAUUUGCCGAUUCUGUACCAUGAUGUCAUCAUUUUGUACUGUGAACAUGCACUAUGAAAAAUUAAAAAAAAGAGAAAAAAUAA